AUGUUAACGCUUGAUAAUGAUACCAUCUCCACAAUAAUUACGCAGCAACAAGCGUGGAAGUUGGCCAAAAGAUGGAUUAAAAACCCCACGGCGGGAUCGUUCAAAAAAUCUAUCAACGGAAUUGCUGACGACCUUUUAGCGUUGCAGCUCAACACCGUGCCGCCAAAAGAGAACGUGCGAACAGAGUCCACCCAAUUCUCCCCGACGCAGAGAAAUUCAGGAUUCCAAAGAGGUGUAUCGCGUGGCAUGGCGGAGAAAUUACCUCUCCAAGCGUUCUCGAACUUGGUCCUCGAGCCAUUCAAGGAUGGUACUUCCAAAGUAGUCGAUCGGGAGGAUUCAAGCACGAGGAUGGAUCAAGAAGUUGACGAUCUGGUCAAUGAGCAAAGCUGUAAUCGAGAAGAUCAUCAGCUUCUAGAGCUCUCUCUAGCUUCAGUGAAUGGCUUCACCAUCUCCAGCACUCUCAGAUCUUUGGCGAGCUCUGCGAACUUGGUCCUGGAUGAAAUGCAAAUAUCCGGCAUCAAAACGGCGCCGCACAAAAGCAACUUGAUUAUUUUUGCGACGAGUUUUGGCGCUCAAAGACUUUUGGCGGUCAAACAAUCAAUCGCGCCCAUUUUCUGCGAUGAAAUUGCCCUGUUUUCGACACGGACAAAAACGACCUCGCUCUGGCCGCCUUUCAUCCUAGCCAGUCGUUUCUUCACGAAAAUGCUCGACGAUAAACCGAUUACUCCCUCCGGCCUAAUUGACUCUAAACCCUGUCCACCUCCGAGCAUGAACAUGUUCUGCGAAUCUGACUGUCGGCUGAUUGAUCGCUAUGCAGCCCGCCUGAUCUUCAAACUCCACGACCCGACAAUUGGCUUGCCAGCAUGGUCCUAUCUCAACGAAGCAUGUGACUCCCUUCUAGGGAGCAUCCUGUUGAGAGAUGAACCGAAGGGAGGUUACACACCUUCCUUUGACGCUCGGCUCGCAAAAAUUGCUGGUAAACUCCUCUGCGCAACAUAUGAGUGUGGAGAAGGCGCCCAGUUAAUCGAUCUCGCGCUGCUGUCGAAUGACUAUCAGCUACUGGACGUUCUGCAUGCAAUGUGGCAACUGAACCCAAUCCGCUGGAAGACAGAACAAUCGAUUCUUCUGCGUCCAUCCGGCUGGACUUCGCUAGAUGCGAUAAACAGCGCGGGUUUGGUAGCACAAGCAAUAUCCAUUCAUUCUGAAGUAUCCGGACUAGCGGUUGAAGCAAUGGCAUGCAUAGCCUGUCACCCAACCUCAUACGAAAUAAUGAAAUGCCGGGAUUUGGCAGAAUACUCCUUGGCAGACAGCGGACUCAAGAAUGCCUCCAAGAAGUUAGCAGAAAAUGGGCUUGUUAAGCCAAAAAACGAGCUCGCGACAAUCUCCAAGUUCCUCGAUAUCGGAACUACGCAAUGUAAAGCAGUUUCGGAUGUUCUCGAGGAAAAUCUUGGGAUCACGUUAUAUGACCUUAUUUCCGAAGCAAUCACCUGUACGGCAAAGAACGCUUGUUCCUGUGGCAAAGUCAUCGCAACCGCGGCGAAAGCCGACGAGGACUACAUGGGGAUGGCCUUCUUCACCGUCAAAAAUGGCUCACUGAAGUGGUGCAUGACAUUUAUGUAA